CCUCCCUCCCUGACUGCCUUCACCGUCCUCUCACUGCCUCUGAAGAGUCACAAAUUAAUAAAUAUAAAAUAAGAUAAAAAAUGGCGAGCAGUUUCUCAAGAAUCCUUUCCUCCAAACGGAACAUCGGGAUCCUGUCGGUGGUCGGUGGCUCCGUUACUGCUGGGAUUCUGCUCCACCGGGACCAUGUCAGCGCCGGAACCCCAGUCCGCAGGAUGUACCCGGCCAGUGCGGAGUACCCUGAUCUGCGCAAACACAACAACUGCAUGGCCAGCAACCUGACGCCCGCCAUCUACGCCAAGCUCUGCGAUAAGUCCACUCCCAACGGAUACACGCUGGACCAGGCCAUCCAGACGGGCGUGGACAACCCAGGGCACCCCUUCAUCAAGACUGUGGGCAUGGUGGCAGGAGACGAGGAGACCUACGAGGUAUUCUCAGACCUGCUUGACCCCAUCAUCAAAGAGAGGCACAACGGCUACGACCCCCGCACCAUGAAGCAUCCCACCGACCUGGAGUCCAGCAAGCUCCAGUCGGGCAAAUUCGACGACCGUUACGUGCUGUCGUCCAGGGUGAGGACGGGCCGCAGUAUCCGGGGGCUGAGCCUGCCCCCCGCCUGCACCCGGGCGGAGCGCAGAGAGGUAGAGAGGGUGGUGGUGGAUGCCCUCGCCGGCCUGAAGGGUGAUCUGAGCGGGACGUACUACAGUCUUACCCAGAUGACAGACAAGGAGCAGCAACAACUCAUUGAUGACCACUUCCUGUUUGACAAGCCGGUGUCCCCCCUCCUGACGUGUGCAGGUAUGGCUCGGGACUGGCCAGACGCCCGUGGUAUUUGGCAUAACAAUGAGAAGACCUUCCUGAUCUGGAUCAAUGAGGAGGAUCACACCAGGGUCAUCUCCAUGGAGAAGGGAGGCAACAUGAAGAGAGUCUUUGAGAGGUUCUGCAGAGGCCUCAAAGAGGUGGAGCAUCUGAUCCAGGAGAGAGGCUGGGAGUUCAUGUGGAACGAGAGGCUCGGUUACGUCCUCACCUGCCCCUCCAACCUGGGCACAGGGCUCAGGGCCGGGGUCCACGUCAAACUGCCCCUGCUGAGCAAGGAUUCCCGUUUCAGUAAGAUCCUGGACAACCUGCGCCUGCAGAAGCGAGGCACAGGCGGCGUGGACACCGCCGCUGUGGGCGGCACCUUCGACAUCUCCAACCUGGACCGCCUGGGACACUCUGAGGUCCAGCUGGUGCAGACAGUGGUCGAUGGCGUCAACUACCUAAUCGAGUGCGAGAAGAGGCUAGAGAAAGGCCAGGAUAUCAAGAUGCCCCAACCCCUAAAGCAGUUCAAGUAGACACUGAUCCCUGACCUCCUUUCACAACCCUCUGGGCACACAAACACAUGCACAACCCCCCUGUUCCCCUCCUCCUCCUCUUCCCCACUCUGUGCCCAUCAUUAUGACAAAAUAUCUAUGUCAUCGCCUCGUUUCAUUACUACCACUUAUCUAAUCAUCCCUCCCUGCCCCAGAAUAUGACUCUCUAUAAUAUAAUCAACCUAUAUUAUACGCAGCUAUCUGGCUAAACCCAGUCAGAGUCCCCAGAAUACUGCUUUGGGCUACAGAUGCAUUUGAAGGUUUUU